AUGGCUGCUGAGCCCGCAGGCUUCGAGGACCUUGUCUCUCUCUUUGCGGCAGCGUUGCCAGAUGCCAGCAAGGAUCCUGAUGGAGAAGUGCGGAUGCUGCUCGACGCCUUGAGGGAGUUUCUCCGUGGAGUCCAUCCGGAAGAUGCGGGGAAGGUGAAGACGAGUAUCGCAAAGAACUCCUUUUGGCGCAUUGCCUUCCCUCUCUACUAUGUUCUACUGAGCAUGACCUGCAACCUGCUCUUCCUGGUGGGUUCUUUUUUGUUCCUUCCGAUCAAAGAGAGGGAGUUGACGGUUUCGUUUACUUUCGUUGUGGAGGGGGUGGACGUGCGCGAGGUCAUGUCAUCGAACAUUUCGCUAUUUCAGCAGCUGGAGCAGAACUUUACCGGGUUGCUCGCGUCCGACGAGAGAGGGCGCAUUAAGCCCCACCACUCAAAGAUGCAGUGGAGAAAGACAACUUCCUGCAGCUUGGACGAUGCAAUGCUGUUUGAUGUCAACAUCUAUCCGCGGGAUGGUUACAGCGCUAGCGCCCUGGAGCGGUCCCUGCCCCCGGUGGCAUCCAUCAAGGACGCCCUGAAUGGGAGCCUCACUGCCAUUGGCAUCGACCGGCUUGCCUCCGAGGAGUUCGAGGUGAACGUUCUUAGCCGGCCCCGGCUUGUAGAAACGGCCGUCGCGCAGAAGUGGGCCGUGGACUUGGGCUGCAACCUCUUCAUCAUCGGCAGCGCCCUGUUGGCCUUCAUCUCUGGUAUGGACAUCUUCGAAGACGUGCUGCUUUGCGGCGCCUCGGCAAAGGCCUUUCUGAAGGCAUCUGCUGCAAGGAUGGUGCAGGCUUCAGACGAGUGGGUGGAUCGCUGCGCGGCGGCGGACUCAGACUUUCACGUCAUGGUGGGGCCAAGAGCAGAGAAGCUACUGUAUCUGGCUGGUGGCUUGGUGUUCUUGGUGGGGACAUUUUACUUUCAACACCCGCAGAUGCUCAGCCACCGGCUUCCCUCCGAAGUCUUGGCAGAAGAGGACGUCUUGUUUGCAGCCAUCUGGAUGUUCAUCAUCGGCUCCAUCAUCUUUGUAUUUGCCACCUUCCUGAACGCGCUGACGCUGAAUGCCUCCGGCCGCACCUUCAUCCACUGGUCGGUUGCAACUUGCGGAAUCUACGAGUUGGGUGGCAUCUUGUUUGUGAUGGGCUCCGUGUGCUUCAUGCCAAAUCAAGGCUGCAAGGAGGGCAUGGAGAUCCUGGGCGCAUGGUGCUUCAUCCUGGGAGCCGCGUGCUAUGUCCUGGGGGACUUCAUCGAUUUCAUGAAGACCAGUGCGUUGAUCUUCUUGCGGCUGAGGCAGGAGGAGGCGGCACGUCGCAUCGAGCGAGCGAUGACGGCGUUUCUCUUCCGCCGGCGGCUGGAGCAAGCUGGGAAGCUCUGUAGCAAUCCUUCGCAGUCCCCUCCCACACUGUCACGAAACCUCUCCCGCGUUCGCAGUGGCAACGUUGCCCAGGCUGGACUGGUGACAACCUUCAGGCAAGCAAUGCUUCAAAGGUUGUCGCGCCAAAGAGUGCCUACAGGUCUUGAAGAGGUCCAGGGAGUGGUGGUGUCGGCCGGGUGUGCUUCUUUCUCUGGCUUCACAGGGUCCUUUGCCAAGGCUUUGGGUAGCAGGACAUCUGAGGGAGCAAAGCUGGAAAGGUCCCCCAUCCUCGGAAGAGUCGCAGCCAUGCGAAGCUUCAAGAGUGUUUUCCGGAGAGGAGCAGGGCGGCCCUCCCUCAGCUCCUAUGCCUGCAAGACGUCCCUGUCCAUGGUCAAGAAGCUUCUGGCCUUGCACAGCUCAGCUUAUUCGGCCGUGCUUACGCCCUACCACGACAACGGCCUUUUUGCCAAUGUCCUCCAGGUGUGUGACGCACUCUUGCUGGCAAGAUCAGGAGUGCCCGUCCUCGUGGACUGGAAGCGGAAAGGAUCCGAAGGCCACUUCCAGUAUGGGCCCGAGGGCUUUGACCUCUUCGAGCACCUCUUCGAAGCCAGCGGCCGCUGUCGCUCUGCCGCCAAUGGCUCGGGCUCGGACAGCCUAAGCAUGCCUGGGCGCAUCAACUGCCUCUUCAUGAACAUGCUGCGCGGUUACUUCUGGUCUCUGCCUGACGAUACCCUGAAAGAGCUCCGCCUGCGGUAUGCAGCAGCCAUUCGUGUUCUUCAGCCAGCCCAGCAUGUUCAGCGGAAGUUGGACGAGCAAUGUGCCGGUUGGAGCGAGGAGGAUGCCUGCAUUGUGGGCGUGCACAAAAGGCUGGCUUGCUCAGAGAUGGUUGCCUGCCAGCUGUCGCAGCGAGCGCCCUCUUGCACGGAGUUUAUCGCCAAAGCACGCAAGAUACUUUCCGCGAGUACCAAACAACGAAAACUGGUCUGUUUGGCCACGGAUGACAUGAAGGCCGUGGAGGAUUUCGAGAACGCAUUCCCGCCAGAUGGUGAUGUGAAGCUGUGCUGCCGCGGUGGAGUGAAGCGCUCAUCGGGCGGUGUUCGUGAAGAUGGCAUCGACAACGAGGUGCACAGGAGCCCUUGUGCUGAAGCUGACGCGGAAGACGCGCUCAUCGAUGCUCUGUCCCUGUCCAGAUGCCAGCAUCUGGUUUGCGUUGACUCGAACUUGGCGAUCUACGUCGCGCUGCUGAAUCCUGAAAUCCAGCUCCAUGCGCUCAGCAGCGUUCUUCCCGAGGGUUGGGAGGAGGCGGCUGAGAUGCCGGAGGAGCCCGUGCACGCCUCCUACGAGGUGGUCUUUGCGCCCAUGGUCUUCAUUCGCAAGGGUCCAAGCACGGCGACGGAGCUGCUGGGGGCUCGAAAGUCUGGCGAGAUCGUCCAUUGCACGGGUCGCGGCUUCGAUGGCUGGGUCGAGCUGGAGGGAGGCGGUUGGAUGCUGGUUGAUGGCGCCCGUGGCGGCAAGCAGAAUGCAGCAGCUGGCCUACUGCUGAAGCCCACCGGGCAGAUCCUAUCAGUACCGCGGAGCGACCGCGUCGUGAAACAUGCAGCAAGUGCUGAGCAAGUGCUGAAUACUGUGCACUGCAAGUCUGCUGCUGGUCGGCUAGAUGUGCUGACAUCAGCGGAUGGCGCGGAAACCCAGUAUGUGCCCGGCAGGCCUUCGAGAAGCGUGACUUCGACAGGGCCUUGUCAGCCGGGGGACCCGAAACUCGUGAAACAAGGUGAAGGAUGUGAAAAGGAUGUGAAAAAAACGAGAUCCGGAACGAAGUCUCGCCCAGAUGCGCAGAUACCAUCUGCUGAGAGUGCGCCCGCGCAGAGGCCUGGCAGUCAGCGGCCCAAGCAGCCCAACAGGCUGGCGCCGCAUUGCUCAGCCUGCAGCAAGGUGGAGCAAGGUGGCUGUACCUGCGACCUACAGCAAGCUGGGGCGGGCUGCGCCUGGUCCAAGGCUCACGACGUAUGGAUUGGACUGAUGUGCGAGGCUGCUUCCUGGUCUUGGGAGAUUGUGUCUCACAAGGCCCUCAAAAGCAUGUUUGCCGAUGUCAGGUGUCCUCUUUGCAGCAAAAGUGUGGGAAACCCGAGUCGUCGGAGGCCGGGCCCGGUCAACAUCGUCACACCAUUUUACACCACGUGA